AAUAAUAAUAAUAAUAAAAAAUGGGUCUAAUAAAUACAAAAGAAGACUACGCCUCUUCACAAAUUUCUAAUGAAAAACCAUUCCAAUUUCCUAUUUUUAAAGAAAAUGAAAAUGAUGAUUCAAAUACUGAAACAUCAGUUUUAAUUAAUGACCUUUUAAAUGAAGCAGGACGUAAAAUGAGAUCUUAUGAAUAUGAUCGGGCUGAAGAAAUUUUAAAAUUGGCUACCGAAUUUGGUUCUCCGUAUUCCGCAGCAAAGUUGGGUUAUAUUAAUCUUCGAGGUUUAAACUCCUCUCAAAUUCCGAAUUACGCGUUAUCAGCAGCUUAUUAUUUCAUUGCAUUAAAAUUUAUUAUUACUAUUCCAAAUGCAGAAUGGAAUGUAAAUCUUAUUCUUGAAAUUAUUGAAGAUUUGACUCAAUUAUAUCGUUUUCAUUUUAAUUAUAAACGUGAUUUACUCAUUUGGAAACAUGGAAUUAAAGUGAUGAAAUUUAUUGACAACAAUUUAAGAGAUCUUACUUUAAUGAGUAAAGAAAUUCAAAAGAUUAAAGCUUUAAGGAUUCAUAUCGCUUUUUGUAUUGCUUUAACAGCUGAAAUUGAGGGUAAAAUUACUGGUGAUUAUAAGGAAGCAGUAAAUUGUUAUCAUAAAUGUGAAAAAGUUGGUCCAUGUGAAUUGAAAGUUGCCGAUAAAUUGGUUAAAAAGGCGCAUACCAAAUUCCGUUUGUUAGAACCACGUGUACCUCGUGUACAGCCAAUUUGUACGUCUUGUAAAUUUGAAGCAAAAGAUUUAAAAAGUAUAUGGAAUUUAUUAGUUUGUUCAAAAUGUCAAGUUGUAGCUUGUUGUAGUAGAGAAUGUUUAAAAAAUCAUUUAAAAUUACAUUAGUAAAAAAAGAAGAAGAAAAAGAAAA